AUGCCACCCUCUCGGAAGCCUGAGAAGAUCGAUAACCGACAUUCAAAGCCGUAUGACGAAGCUCAGGCUAAAGUCAUCGAUUACGACAUUGCAGUCGCCUAUUUCCUUGAAGAAACGGACCAUCUUCCCAUCGGCUGUAUCCCUCAAUCCAUCGACCGGAUACUAUCCGAUUUCGAAACCCUUCCAUCGAUCACUGGUCGACAAGAUGAUCUUAGAACAUGUGCCUUAUACAUUAAAUCUACCAUCCUUCUCUACAACGAAAACCCUGGCCCAAUCCAACCUUUCGCUCUUAGGUAUCCCACUCUCAAAUCGCUGAAAAAGCUGAUCUCUGAAAGGUCCGAAUGCCUUCGGCCACUGCCUUCCAAUAAAGCUGUCGUCCUGGUGGCUUUAGCUGGUCGCAUGCUUGCAAUGAAUCUACCGCCCAAAGCUGCCCAACCUUUAGCUGACAACCAAAUGAAAGCCAAAAGUCAUAUGUCCAGUGAGGAACGAGCUUUAAUGGCUUUUGAAGGCGCUGCGCAAGUAAAUGCUCUCCCUUGUAUGAACGAUCUCCCAAACAAAGAGGUUGGCGACGGUCUGGCUUCUGCGAAUUCGAUUCAACCUCGCCUCUCUCGAGCAAAGAACAAACCGGUCUCGUGUUUAGGUGCUGUGUAUGGCUCACUUCCUUACGAGGCUUUUGGUUACCCAUUGGGAUUGAACCUUGCUAGGGCGGACACCAAGAUGUGUUUGGGCUUGGAACGACAGGGAUAUACUAUGGACGACCUUGGAGAGGGAGACAGUCCUAAGUCCAAUCACCUCUUGCCCCAAAUCAUGGGACUUGGUGAGGGAUGUGUAUUUCAAAGAAUCGAAAACGCUCGUCUCCUACCAGAACUCCUCUGGCCCUACGAAGUCUCUAGAGCUCUCAACGCAGCCGUAAAUCCAGAGACCUACGCGGUAGCCGAGAGGGUCACAAGCUUCAUUGAGAGGAACUCCAGUGCACUUCUUUCCAAUCGUAUCAAGACUCUGCACAACAAAAUAAUUCAAGGCCCCGAUACUCGCUCCCCACCUCUGCGCAUCUCACUGGCACUUUAUGCCCAUGCUGAGACCUAUGCUGGGCCAGCCAGAAUCUCAGCUGCUCGCAGAAAUAGGUCGCAGUUCAGUGAUCCUUCAAUGUGGCUUCCAUUUCCGCCUCCCAACUUUAGCAUUCAAACUUGUCGAAAGAUAUUACGGAAAGAAGAAGAGUCUUGGAAGAAGAAAGGUCGAGCUUGA